AAAUAAAAUGCCACCACCACCGCAGAUGCUGUAAACACAUCAGAUGAGUGCAGGUGGAGACAUGGUGCAGCUGUACUGUUGGGGAGAGAGCUCCAGUGGACAGUUCGGUCCACAGAAAGCCCUGAGUCCGGCGUCCUGGACUGUCCCCGGGGCUAUAACCACCAUCUGCUGCGGGGACCAGCACACCUUAUUCCUCACCAGGGAUGGAGGCGUUUUAUCAUGUGGACACAACUCACAGGGACAACUUGGACGAAAGAAACGUAAAGAGGGGAAGACAGCACCAGGUCGUGUGGAGGGGCUGGGUGAUGUGGUGUCGAUAGCUUGUGGUCAGGACCACUGUCUGGCUGUGUGUGCAUCUGGACAGGUGUUCUCCUGGGGGGCAGGAGAGGACGGACAGCGAGGCAUUUUACCACGUCUACUGUGCAACAGACCAAGUCAGGUGCCGAUACCACUGCCAAUACCAGUGAUUCAAGUUGCUUGUGGAAACUCCCACUCCCUGGCACUGACUAAAGGAGGCGAUGUCUUCUCGUGGGGUUUGAACAGUCACGGUCAGUUGGGUCUGGGGAAGGAAGUGCCGCGGCAGCAUACACCCGUCCUGGUGUGCGCUCUGACCGGCGUCGCAGUGACUCAGGUUUCAGCCGGAUCCACCCACUCUCUGUUCCUCACACUCCCAGGCCUGGUGUACUGCUGUGGGGCCAAUAAAUCUGGCCAGCUGGGAGUCAACAGGGUGGAUGAAAAUGGCAGGUUCAACAUCUGUAUGGUACCUGCCCUCAGACCUCUGGGUGUCUGCUUCAUAAGCUGUGGAGAGGCACACUCUGCUGUGUUAACAAAGGAUGGCAAGGUUUUCACUUUUGGAGAGGGAAGCCACGGUCAGCUGGGUCACAACUCCUCUGCUAAUGAAGUGAGACCCAGGCUGGUCGACGGUCUGGACGGACCCGCCUCACAGAUUUCAUGUGGCAGAUGUCACACUCUAGUUUUGUGCUCCUCUGGCCAGCUGUGGGCUUUUGGCAAUGGGGCCAAAGGACAAAUUGGGACUGGACGACCAGAGGACAGUAAGACUCCCACUCUGGUACAACUUCCAUGGACUGCUGACGGUGCAGCAGCCAUACCCAAGGACUUAAAAAUAUCAGCUGGGUGGAAUACAAACUUCACUUACACUUCACCUACACAGAGCCUGGACCGAGGACAGAUAACUGGGCGGCUUGAUGAGACAAGGCUGAAAAAAUGGCUGUCAAUGAAACAUGGCAACGCAGAGGCAAAGAGAGAAAUAUCUUCAAUCUUUCUGACGAGUUCAAGUCUUGUUGCAAGUUUCACAAAGGCUGAUGGCCCUCCAUUAGAAGCAGAUGCCUUAACUGUGGACCUGGAGGCAGCUAGCCAAGUGUUUGACCAGCUGCUAGCAAUACCAUGGAUCAAGCAAUCAGUAAACCUUAAAGUCCUGAUUGAGUUGCUUUUCGCUUCAAAAACGGCCCUAAAAUCACCAGAGGUCCUCCUGAUUCUGCUGACCUAUCCCCUUCUCCAAGAGGAGUCUAAUGUCAUGAACGUGGUGUUGCCGUUGGCUGUCAUCAUUGCAGAUCAGAAUGAGAAGACUCUAAGACGUUGGUGGUCUUCCCUGACACCCUGCAUACUAAUGAAGCACAUCUUGGUGUUCAGAAAGGCGCUGGCCUUCAUGCUAAGAAAUGGCCUCUUGGCAACUCAUAACCCAGGAGUCAAAUACCUGCUGGAAGUCCUCAAGCUACUCUACAAAGCAAACAAAGCUGGAAAGUCCUACAAAGUCCCACUCAACACCUUUUACGUAGAGGAAAUCAGUAGUAGUGUGCUGCCAGUUGCGGACGUCACUCUUUGGUGGCAAUUUUCUAAAAUGGAGGAUGACGUCAGUACACCCGCCAUUUUCUGCCGCUAUCCAUUCCUGUUCACUCUGGUUCAGAAGGUGGCCGUCUUUAACAUCUUUGCUCAAAUAGUGAAGGGAGCGGAAUGUCUAGCUUAUCAACUGGCUUUGGAGUGUCCUGAUAAGUUGUGGCCAAAUCGCACAGACUCUGCCCUGGCCCCGGUCUUCCAGCUAACUCUGAGACGAACUCACCUGGUGGAGGACACCUUCAGACAGCUCGGUGCAGCCGACCACUGCGCCUUCAAAAGGGAGCUGUUGGUGCAAUUUGUGGACAACAGGAAGGUGAUGGAUGUCAACAAAAGGGACUUCUUCCUGCAUGUGUUUGAUGAGCUGCUAGAUCCCGAGUCUUCAAUGUUCAUGUACAACGAGAACAAGACUCUGGCCUGGUUCCCUCCCAGGCCAAAAGUGGAGGAAAGGACUUACUUCCUUUUUGGUGUUCUGUGUGGCCUGGCUCUCUACAACCACAACAUUGUGCACAUGCCCUUUCCACUGGUUCUCUUCAAGAAGCUGCUUAGAGUCAAACCCUCACUGGAUGACAUGAAGGAGUUUGAACCUGUCAUGGGAGAGUCUUGGCGGUGCAUGCUGGAGGACUACACUCCUGAUGAAGUCGAAGGAAUGGAGACUACUUUCACUGGGACCUGGGGUGGUGAGGAUGUUGAGCUCGAUCCGACAGAAACUGGAAAACUUGUCACAGCGUCGAACAAAAAAGAGUUUGUAGACGCCUUUGUCAACUAUGCCUUCAACAAAUCAGUGGAGGGAGUGUUCGAAGCGUUCAAGAAAGGGUUCUUCAAGGUGUGUGACAUGGACGUGGUGGAGUUCUUCCAGCCCGAGGAGUUGCAAGCAGUGACGGUGGGCCAAGAAAACUACGACUGGGAGGUGUUCAAGGAGAACACAGUUUAUGAAGGAGACUACCAUGAUAAGCAUCCAACCAUCGUGACCUUCUGGGAGGUGUUUGAGAAUCUGACGGCAGAGGAAAAGAAAAAGUUCCUUCUGUUCCUCACAGGCUGCGACCGUGUACCCUUCCUGGGUAUGGAGAGCAUCGAGAUGAAAGUCGCCGUCUUGCCCGAUGCCACUGAGAUCCAUUUGCCAGAAUCCCUCACCUGCCAUUGUCUGCUAUUGCUGCCCAUCUACCAGAGAUACCCAGUCGAGAGGACAAUGCGAACCAGGCUUCUUCAGGCUAUUAAUCACAACAGAGGCUUCUGGAAGGAAGUAGACGCUGCAGAAUGAAGAAGUAUCUAGUUUGGGGCUUUUUUUGUCUCUAGUCUGCCAAAUGUAAUGCUUUCCUCUUCUAUUCAUGUCAUAAAGUAAGUUCUAACAUAGGACCCAUAGUACUAUUAUGAAGGAAUGACUUAAGAGCAGCCCAUUUAGUAGUUUGAGAAACAGUAAUGAAUGCAUUUGUUUUUUUAUGUUCCAUUGUUGACGGUUGAUGUCACUUGCACAUGUUAAAUGUUGAAGUAUUUUUA